AUGACCAUUACGUGUUUAAAGUUUUCCGUCGAAGAGCCGAGUUAUCUGGCGGUCGGGUUCGACUACGGGGACCUUUUGAUCGUCGACGUUUCCAGUAAGAGCCUCGAAAUCGUCGCUCGACUGUGCAAUCAACCGUCGCUCAAACCCGUCAACGUCGUGGACAUAUUCUGGACCAUGCGAACCGACGACAAAUACGCCGAGACCGACGACCAAUGCGAAUUCUUAUUGAAAUGCAGUUUGAACGGAUGUGUCGUGUGCUACCGUCAGUCGAACAAUGUGUUCACGGAGAAAACCAUCAUGGAACUGUUCGAUGACGAGAUUUCCGUGCCGACGGACCAGGACUCCGGUUUGUUGAGGAAGAAAUCGAUUUGCAGCGUGACAAAAAUGAUCGGGCUCAACCAGAAUACAUACGUGGUGGGCACCGCGGACGGGUGGGUGUACUCGUGCCUGUACGAGAAUCCGACGAAAUACAAGUACACGACGAGAACCAAAGCGCAUUUCGGAAUAAUCAAAUCGCUAGAGAAGUCACCAUACUCGUGGGACGUGUUUCUGACCACUGGAGAUGACUUCACGAUUAAAAUUUGGGUCGGUGAUUUUUUCACGGAACCGGUGAUCACCUUGCUCGCCGACACGCCGAUCGAAAAAGCCAUCUGGAGUCGUACGAAUUCUACCAUCAUAGUGUCUGUAAACGGUAAAGUUUAA